AUGGCGACCAACGGCGAUGCUGCUCCCCCGGCGCCGGCGGCAGAGACGGCAGCUGCGACUGCGGCCGCGGCACAGCUCGACGGCCUCAGGCCUCCCGAGGGCGUCAUCAUUCCGCCACCCGGUGAGAUCCGCGAGGUGAUUGAAAAGACGGCCGGGUACGUGGCGCGUGGUGGACUGGGCAUCGAGCAGCGCCUACGCGAGAACCACAGCGGGAACCCAAAGUUCAGCUUCGUCACGAGCCAGAGCGACGCGUACAAUCCGUACUACGAGUGGCGCAAGGCCGAGUACAAGGCCGGGCGUGGCACGGCGCUGGCGGCUGGUCGGGCGGAUGCGGCCGCGUUGGCGGCCGCCAAGCUGGCAGAGCAGAACAAGGAGCCCCAGGGCCCGCCCAAGCCGCCGGAUUUUGAGUUCUCGGCGCGCAUGCCGAGGAUGAACCAGAAGGAUCUUGAGAUAUUGAGGGUCACGGCGCUGUUCGUGGCCAGGAACGGAAGGCAAUUUCAGACCCAGCUAAUGCAACGCGAGACUAAGAAUCCGCAGUUUCAGUUUCUUAUCCCGAAUCACACCUUCCACAAUUUCUUCCAGCAUAUGGUAGAUCAGUACGCCAUCAUACUCAAGGAGAGUGGCAUGGGAGGGGAUGGAUCUAAGGCCCAGGAGCAGCGAAUUGAGCAGCUGCGGCGCAAUGUCGAGGAUCGGUUCCACAUUCUGGAGAGGGCAAAACAGCGGGCUGAGUAUGCAGUAUGGCAGGAGCAGGAGAGGCAGAAGCAGGAGGCUGCCGAGGAGAAGAAGAAGGAUGACUUUGCACGCAUCGACUGGAAUGACUUUGUCGUGGUUGAGACUAUUGAUUUCACCGAGGCAGAUGCCAAUAUUACCCUCCCACCGCCGACGACUCUCAACGACAUACAAUACGCAUCAUUGGAGGAGAAGCAAAACUUCUCAGUCAACGCCAAGCGUAUCGAAGAGGCAUUCCCCUUUGAUGAUACCAGCUACAAUGCCUAUCCGGUACAGCAACAGCAAUCACAACCAGCACAACAAGACUCACCGGCAGGGGCACCGGCACAGCCGGCACACAUGCAGCAGGACCCCGAGGAGACGCGGAGGAUACAAGAAAGGGAACAAGCCCGGGCGCGCAUGCACCAAGCCCAGGCAGAUGCCAGAGGAGGAACGGCUCCAAUGAAGAUCAAGGAAAACUACGUACCCAAAGCGGCUGCCCGGGGUCCGAGGACCGGAGGCCAGACGGCUCUGUGUCCAAGAUGUAACCAGCAGAUCCUCUUGUCGGAGUGGGAGGAGCACAUGAGGAUCGAACUGCUGGAUCCCAGGUGGAAGGAGCAAAAGGCCAAGGCAGAGUCGCGAUACGCGACGACCAACAUAUCGACGGCGGAUGUGGCCAACAACCUGAAGCGUCUGGCGAGCCAAAGGACGGACGUGUUCGACAGCGUCACGGGCCAGCCGCUCUCGGAGGAGGAGAUGGCCCGUCGCAAAAAGGCAGCCAUCAACAGCUACGAUGGAAACCCCGACGGCAAGAGCCAGGCGCACAUUGCACACCUGCAGCACGUCAAUGUCGAGGAGCAGAUCAGGGCUAUCCAGCAAAAGUUUGGAGACAAAAAGGAAUAA